UAACCCGGCACCCACAACGACGGACUGUGGCGAGACGUCAAUCGCGUGACGCUUUAUUAUUGUGUUAUGAAACAUAUUUUUUUAUAGCUGUUGAAUUAAAAUUAACAAGAUGCUGGUCUGGAUAUGGUUGGGUUGUCUCGUGGCCGCAGUGCUUUUGUACUUCCGGCAAGUGUACAGCUUCUUUAAAAGGCGGGGUGUGAAAACACCAGGGAUCAUCCCACCUUUUGGUACUAUGCUGAGCGUUUUGGUGAAACGAGAGCAUUUUGCUGAACAAAUCACCAGGUUUUACAACCAAUUUCCUGAUCAGAAGUUCUACGGUACGUUCCAGUUCACGAAGCCAUUUCUGCAAGUGAGAGAUAUCGAGUUGAUCAAGAAGAUUUGCAUAAAAGAAUUCGAGAGCUUCCUGGACCACAACACUGUCAUCAGUGAAGAUUACGACCCGCUUUUUGGGAGGAAUCUAUUUUCUUUAAAAGGUCAGGAAUGGAAGGACAUGCGAUCGACCCUGAGCCCUGCUUUCACCAGUUCCAAAAUGAAGAUGAUGUUGCCACUGAUGGUGGAGGUUGGAGAUCAAAUGAACCUCUGUCUUCAGAAGAAAAUCAAAGAGUCCAAACAUGGUUAUUUGGACGUUGAUGUGAAAGACCUAACGACCAGAUACACGAAUGACGUCAUUGCUUCUUGUGCGUUUGGCCUGAAGGUCGAUUCUCACAUGAAGGAGGGCAACCAAUUUUACAAAAUGGGAAAAACUGUUGCAUACUUUAAGUUUCGUCAGAUACUCAUGUUUUUCUUACUGAGUUCUUUUCCGAAAGUGGCUGGAGUGUUCAAAUGGACUUUAUUCCCCAAGUCGGUGCAGAAUUUCUUUAGGGCGCUAGUGGUGAAUACGAUGAAGAACAGAGAGCUCGAACAGAUAAUUCGACCUGAUAUGAUACAUCUGCUAAUGGAAGCUAAGAAAGGAAAAUUGACUUACGACGAGAAAUCAAGCCGCGACAAGGACGCCGGCUUCGCCACCGUCGAGGAGUCAUUCGUUGGCCAGAAGCAAAUCAACAGGGUUUGGUCCGACGACGACUUGUGCGCCCAAGUCAUCCUGUUCUUCAUAGCUGGCUUCGAGGGCGUAUCCUCUGCUAUGACGUUCCUGCUAUAUGAGCUCUCUGUCAACCCUGACGUCCAAGAGAAACUAUACCAGGAAAUCAGGGAGAACGAGGCCAAGAACAACGGAAAAUUUGAUUACAAUUCUAUACAGAAUAUGGUAUAUAUGGAUAUGGUGGUUUCAGAAACAUUGAGGUUAUGGACGUCUGGCUUUGCCACGGACAGGUACUGUAACAAAGACUACAACUUGGGCAAACCCAAUGACGAAGCUACCGAGGACUAUAUUAUGCGGAAAGGCGAGAGUCUCCAGAUCCCCGUGUGCGCAAUCCACCGUGACCCUGAGUACUACCCGAAUCCACACAAGUUUGACCCUGAGAGGUUCUCUGAAGAGAACAAACACAAGAUCCAACCCUUCACCUACUUGCCGUUUGGAAUUGGACCUAGAAAUUGUAUCGGUUCAAGAUUCGCCCUCUGCGAAGUGAAAGUAAUGGCAUAUCAGGUCGUAAAUUGCUUCGAAGUAUUCCCAUCUGAAAGAACGACUAUACCUCCCAAGUUGGAUCCCUCCACGUUUAACGUUCACAUGAAGGGCGGUCAUUGGAACCGUUUUAAGGCUCGGAAAGAGGUACAAUCAAGAGCACAUCAAGGUUGACACUUUGUACUUUGGACCGUUCUUAUAAAUAAGGAUCCAACGUGCCUUACAAAACGUUUAUUCGACCAAAAUAUAUAAAACACAUAUUAAUGUGUAAA